AACGACGUUAGCUCUUCACCCAAAUCAACGGCAGAAGUUAACUUGAGAAAACCGAAAUCGCAGUUUCGCACCGCUGGCACCAACUGCGUGUGGUUUCAGAAUCUUCUUCUUCUUCUUCUUCCAUGGCGGUUAUCGGAGGACUAGCGGCGGCGAUCGCGGUGGUGGUUCUGUUGUCGGCGUUGCUAACGGAAGCCGGCGACACGAACAGAGCAUUCUCUCCCUGCUCGGACGCACGCGUGCAGAGAUCUGACGGUUUCACGUUCGGGAUCGCGUUCGCGUCGAAAGACAAGUUCUUCUACAGCAACAACAGUACCUUGCAGUUGUCUCCCUGCGACGCCAGGCUCUCUCUCUCCAAUGCCAACUCUCAGGUCUCUGUGUUCAGACCUAAGGUCGAUGAGAUCUCCAUUCUCACCGUCAAUUCAUCUUCCUUCGUUGCGGACUUGUAUGGCUAUAUGGUUGCAUUUGCUGGUCGGAAAUAUGCUGCAAGGUCUCCACCUGCAUUUGUUGCAAACAGCACGUAUACCGUAACCAGUUUCACUCUUGUCCUUGAGUUUAAGAAGGGAAGGCUACAAAACUUGUAUUGGAAAAGAGAUGGGUGUUCUAAAUGCUCAAGUAACUCCAAAGCUGUCUGUCUCAACAAUCAGGAUUGUGCACUGCAAACAUCCAGCUGCAAGAGCCAUGGAGGAACUGUGGAUUGCAGCUUAGGGAUACAAUUGGCGUUCUCUGGCACGGAUAAACAUCUUUCGGCUCUCAACUCUUGGUAUGAAGUAAAAAACCUUCGCCAGUAUUCACUCUAUGGCCUUUAUUCAAAUCUGAGAGACUCCCUCACUAGCCAGUAUGAUAAGUUCUUUUAAUUCUCUUCUGUUCUUGUGUUGAUUUUGUUUGUAUCAUUUCUUUAUGAUUUGUUCAUGCUUUUACUCUUUUCACUUCCCACCUGUUUUCUUCUAAAUGUAUCUGUGAGAACCUAGAACAAUGGUGUGUACAUCUGUAAUACCAAAGUUUACUUUGAUUA